AUGGAUAGGGAAGGGAAUGAUCAAGAUCCACCUCGAGUCCAUGGGCAUAGGGAUGACGAGGACCACGCAAAUGAAGGGGCCAGGGACCCGGAAGCGCAGAGGGAUCAUAUGACGGACGAAGAAAAGGAAGAGGACGAUCGGGAACGGUUACCAAAGCAGGACAGACGACCGGCGGAGAACGGACAGGUCCCGGAUGUCUUGCAUGGCAGCAAGCGGGAAGAAAGGCCGGGACCGAGGAACGAGAUCAACCUGAAACCCCGGGUCCCCAAGAUCAGGUAUCAUACCGUCGACGCACCCGACCUGCACGAAAAGGCCGACCGGGUCUUGCUCGAGGUCUCGGCGGAUGGGGAGACGGAAGACUUGCCCAGCGGUUCGACCUCGGACGAGGAGAGGCUGAGGAACGAAGAGGGGCAGGAUCAUGUUGGUAACCUGAACGGGGUCGGUCCGGGCAGGAGGUCGAGUCGGGUCAACGGCGGAGCGGGCGAAGAACGCAUCCCCAAGGCCGAUCCCGCCCGUCAGGAUGAACUCAAGUCGGCCAACGAGAGCCCAGCGAGUAAGCGACCGAAGAACCAGAGGAUAUGGUCGACCUUUCGAAGAAAAGGUGGUGAUUCGCAUAGCGGACCAUUCGAGGCACCUCAACAGGGUUCGGCAUCGGCCAACCAUUCCCGGGCAGGUUCGGUGACCGAACUUCAAGGCCCACUCGACGCUGAAAAAACGGUCGACGAGCCAAAGACGACGGGACAACAGAAAUGGACCGUCCUUCGGGCCAAACUGCUUCACCGACAGACGGCCAACUCGGAGAAACAGUCGUCGCCCGCACAGAUUCCCGUUACGACCGAGCUGCUCGCGGGGCAGCUGCCCGCCAUGAUCCUCAAGACUUGGAUGGACAGGGACGAGCAUGGCGCCAGGACCGUUCCUGUUCUCUUGGGAAGUCUCAAGUUUAGGGUUGGUGACUCGGCCGGGUUUGGGGGCAACAAGGAUGGACAACAGACGGGACGUGAGGUGUUUAGGAUCGAGUGCGAGUACGGGGAUGGUGCCGUGAAAUGGGUCAUCUACCGAGAGCUUCGUGACUUUGUAUCAUUGCACACGCAUUACAAGGCGGACAACCUGGGUACCCGUGUGAGCCAAUUUAGAGGCGCGAAGCGGGUCGAAAUUCCGGAAUUCCCCAAGACAAGCAAGCUCGACGGCGAUACGGCGGAAAAGGAGGCCAAGGAGAUUGACAUGUCGAGAAAGGACAAGUCGAAGCAGGAAGCCAGUCGAGAAUCGCGAGCGGUACUCCAGCAGUACCUCGUUGAUCUCAUCCGUGCGGUGAUGUUCCGUUCCGAAGCCAAUCGUCUGUGUCGGUUCUUCGAACUGUCAUCCCUCACCCUGGCCCUCGCUCCUCGAGGCGGUUUCCAAGGCAAGGCCGGCUUCCUUCGUAUCCUGGGCAACAACGCGAGCAAACGAGCCAAUCAGCCGGGUCUACUUCCCUCAAGCUGGAAACACGCCCGUGAGCCAAAAUGGUGGAUCGUGCGAGAGAGCUACUUUGUGGCAACGGACGGACCCGAGUCGACCGACUACUACGAUGUCUUCCUGAUCGACCCUGACUUCAACAUUGAGCGACCGAAACGAGCGUUGCGCCAGGGGCUGAAGAAACUCACUGGACAGGGCUCCAUCAAAUCCGCAGUCGGGUACAAUGCCAAGGAAGGCGAGGGCAAUCAUACCUCGGCCGAGGACAAGAACCUGAAUGAGAUCGCUGCUGCCGCCGGAUCCGGCCAAGCGUUGACCAAGGAACAGCAGAAGAAGCUGAGUCAACAUAGUACGGCGCUGGGUGAGGGAGAUAGUCGGGACGCCUCGCAGCACACCUUCUACAUCAACAGCUCUCAGCGCCGCUUGAAACUGGUUGCCAAAAACGUGCGGCAGAUGCAGCAGUUCAUCGUAUCGAUGGAACGUGUAGCUGCGCAGUCGGUCUGGGCAGGACGCAAUCGGUUCGACUCUUUUGCCCCUAUUCGUAUGAACGUCGCGGCCCAGUGGCUUGUCGACGGGCGAGAUUACUAUUGGAACCUGAGUCGGGCUCUAAACAUGGCCAAGGAAACAGUAUACAUCCACGACUGGUGGAUCAGUCCGGAAUUAUACCUUCGCCGACCCGGCAACGAAAGGUAUAGGCUAGACAACCUCUUGAAACGCAAAGCUGAAGAGGGCGUCAAGAUCUUCAUCAUCAUUUAUAACGAGGUCUCGGACAAGACAACGCCCACCGACAGCACCUACGCCAAGAAGAGGCUUAUGUCGCUCCACCCUAACAUCCUGGUCCAGCGAUCCCCCUCGCAUUUCCAGACCGGUACCUUCUACUGGUCGCACCACGAGAAGCUCUGUGUGAUCGAUGAAGCGAUCGCUUUUAUGGGAGGUCUAGAUCUAUGUUACGGUCGCUGGGACACGUCGCAACACGUCCUAGUGGAUGAUGACUUUGAACCCGGCGCUGUGGGCGAGAACGGACCGAUCUGGCCAGGCAAGGACAUGGCCAACGAGCGAGUCGUCGAGUUCCAUACCCUGAACAAACCGUUCGAAGACAUGUUUGACCGGACGAAGGUACCUCGAAUGCCAUGGCACGAUGUGGGACUUCAAAUUGUCGGACAACCGGCACGUGACUUGUGUCGACACUUUAUACAGAGAUGGAAUCAUCUCAUCCGUACCAAGAACCACAAGCGCCCCAUGCCUUUCCUACUGCCGCCUGCCGACUUUACCGAGAUGCAACUGAAAUCCUUCGGACUACAAGGAACGUGUGAGGUUCAGAUCUGCCGAUCCUGCGGACCUUGGUCGAUGGGCACGCCCACUACCCUGGAACAUUCGAUUCAGAAUGCUUACCUAAAAGCUAUCCAGCUCUCCGACCACUUUGUCUACAUCGAGAACCAGUUCUUUAUCACCUCGACCGUCGUCGAUGGAGUCGAGAUCAAAAACCGUAUCGGGGAUGCUAUCGUAGAUAGGAUCAUCCGCGCGCACAAGGAGGAGACCCCCUGGAAAGCCUGCAUCAUGAUUCCUCUACUUCCAGGCUACACAUUCCCCAUCGACACUGCCGAAGCCAGUUCCGUGCGGCUGAUCCUCGAAUGUCAAAAUCGAACCAUUUCUCGAGGCGCCCAAUCGAUCUUUUCCCGGUUGAAGAAGGAGGGCAUCGACCCUAACGAAUACAUCUCCUUCUUUGCUCUGCGAGGAUGGGGCAAGUUCAAGUCUGGAGCCCUCACGACCGAACAAGUGUACAUUCAUGGCAAGACGAUGGUUGUGGACGAUCGGCUGGUCAUUUGUGGAUCUGCCAAUAUCAACGAGCGAUCACAGUCUGGUGAUCGAGAUUCGGAAUUGGCUGCCGUCAUUCGUGAUACGGACAUGAUCGACAGCACCAUGGCUGGCAAACCAUACAAAGUCGGACGAUUCGCACACACCUUGCGAAUGCGAUUAAUGCGAGAGCACGUCGGGGUUGAUGUCGACGCGAUUGAGGAGGACGAGCUGAUGGCCCGAGACCCGAUCGCUCACGAGGACCACUUGCAGAAAUGGGACCCUGACCACGAGCAGAACGAGGGCGAGAACAAUAUAUCGGGAAGGACGACAGUUAAGCAUCGUCACGCCAGGGACCGUCUGCUGAUGACCAUUCAAAGCGGUGCGGGUGCCGUCACCAAGGGCAUGAGCGAGAAUGCAAUCUCAAACGUCAAGAAGGCUGCCAACAUCGUGAUCAAGCCGGCUGCCAUCUUGAACCAACACAACACCGUUGCCACCUCGGGAGCGCCCAAAGGCGACCCUAGCGAACGGCAAGAUUACGACCGGGAAGGCGAUCUCACGGCUGGAUUCGCAAGCUCGGUCAUGCCGACGCUCGAAGAGAGGACCAUCUUUGAGCGACGACCGUCACAGGGGCACGCGAACGGAAAGCCGCUGUUCGAUGCGCUUGACGAGCAGGGCGAGACGAAUAGCAAUGGGAAGACUGGUGAUGUGCCCGAGGCCAAGAUCACGUCCGACGAGAGAAAGCAGUUCAACGACAAGCCUAUCGACGAGGUUGAAGAUCCCAAGAGCGGUUCCGGCAAGGCGCCCCUCAUUGCAGGCCCGGCUAACGAGCAGGACAAGUUUGGGGUGCCUGCCAAUGCUGAUAGCGGAGAUCAUCAUGUGCCCAACAAGGAUACCGAGAGACAAGACGAGACGGAAGAAGAGAAGCUUGCCGUCAAGGCGCGCUCUACUCUGCGAAAACACUUGAACGCCAAGGUCGGGACUUCUCCCUGGACGAUGCCGACUCCCACCCCCAUCAUCGAGGCCGACAAGUUUGCCGAUCCGCUACUCGAUUCGUUCUGGAAAGACAUGUGGAUCGCCACAGCUGUGCACAAUACCGAGAUCUACCGUAAAGUGUUCCGAUGCAUUCCGGACGACCUCGUCACCUCGUGGGCGUCAUACAAGGCGUUUGCGAAUCACGCCGAAAAGUUCAACAAGAUCCCGACCGACGUCACGCCCGACAACCACGAUCCGACCAAGGUCACUCACGAUGGACCUGGGACGCACGGCGCUGGAGGUGGAGGAAGCGGGGGAGGGAUCGUUGGACAAGAAGGUGUUGGCCCGAACGAGGGUACCGCCACACGUGCCAGCGACAUUGUCGACGGGCAUCCCCUAGACCGCCUCAAGUCUAACGGCUCGUCCAACUCGUCCGCUUCGUCGUUGCACCACAUCUUGGACCCCACCUCGGGACCGACUGGAGCGGGCCAUAAACACACCGCCUCGAGGGCGACCGACGGACCUCAGAAACGAGAAGGUCACGGAUCCGGUGGAGGUGGUAGCGGGGGUGGCAACGUCGAGGGCAAGAACAAGCGGCCGAGUGGACCCAACGAGGCUUGGCAAGAGUGGGAAAAGGAGGAGAUGGAGAUCCUGCUGGAGGAGGUCCGGGGCCAUCUAGUCGUAUACCCUACAAGAUUUUUGGAGUCAGAGGAUGCCGCCAAUAAUUUCCUCUUCAACAUUCUCCCCUUGCCUAUUUACGAUUAG